AUGGAGGAGUUCAAGCACCCCGUGCCCACCCUGCAAGACGUCAGCCGCCGGCGCGCGUGGAAACUCUUCUUGCUAGUGCCUCGCAUGCUGCUGGCGCGGCCAGCGCAGGCGGGACCCAUGGGCAAGGAAGCGUUGCUGCGCCGAGUGCGCGACUUUCAGCACGGCAAGUCCUCGAGGCCGCGCGCCACGGCUUUCAGGCGCAGCGCCGCCGCGUGGCGGCGUGUCCGGGGAGAGGUCUCCAGAGGUGGGCUUGGCGCGAAACACGGCUCGGAGCAAGCCCUGUCCAAAGAUCCCGCCAUCGGGCGGCGCGGAACAGGCUGCGACAGCAGCUGGCCUGCUGUGCGCGCAGCGGCUGCUCCGCCGCAGGGACGGACGGAUAGCCAUGAUGCAGUGCUGAGCGAGUGUUCCCGGCAAUCCAUGCCAAUUUUCUGCCUGCCCGGCCUCUUGCCGGCGGUGGCCGCGUCCACGAAGCCGUUUUCUGCGACAGCCGCCGUGAGGCUGGUCACUGACCCCGCGCGAGGGUAUUACGGCCCAGGAAGGCGAGCUUACAAAACACAGGGGCAUGGAGGCGGCCGCGGGGUGCAUCACCUGGCCGACGCCUGCGGAGCCUGCGCUGCCGCAGUGGGCCGGCGCACAGCCUCCGCGCCUCGGCUUCUGGCGCUGCGGCCCCCACAGCGGCGAGCCGUUUGCCGCACGUGCCACGAGUUUCUUGGGUCUGGCUCGAAAUCGGUGAGCUCGCCGCGGAGUUCGCCGCUCUCGCCGCCCACAGUGAGCGCAGUUCCUGCGUUCAUGGUGGCUGGCGCCGAACGCAGCCAGGCGUGGCCCACGCGCCAAGCAGGCGCGCAGCGCAGGCGGCGCGCGCUGGGCGCGGAGCCGGGCGAACCGCCUCACGAGCUCGGCCGCCUCGCAGCCCCAUCGGCCACCAACGCGAGCGUGUUGCAGGGCAACGCCGCCGGCGCACGCCCAAGCGGCGCGGCGUCGCAGUCGCUGUCCCCUGCAUCGCUCCAGAGACUGGGCGUGCGCCACCCGGAGGACGCCCCUGCGAGGGCAGAGAUGCAUGGGGACGCUGGCCGCGGUUGUGGACUGCCCGCGAUGCGCUUGGCGACCAUGUCGCUGCUCCCGCGUGCUGGCUGGCUGGCCUGUCGAGAGGGCCUCGGUGAGAGCCGCAAGGCCCAACGCAAAGACGGGCCUCGGGCAGCGGAGCUCCGGGUAGGCAGCGAGCUUGCGCUGCUCUGCCACGCGCAACGCCGUGCCGUCGCGUCGGUGGUUCCGCUUCUGCGGCCUCGGCCCUUCAAGGAGUGCGGUGUGGGUGGCCCUCGAUGCCAUGAAGCUGGGGCGCGGGUGAGUUCCAAUGCCCGGCUCUCGUCGCUGAUGCCCGCUUGUACCACCGUGUGGUGCAAAAGUGGCAUCCGGAUGCUGGAUAUCGACAAAGAGGAACCCAACCCUUCUGAGGGCAAAACCUGUGGCAACCUGGAAGGUGAUCGGCCGCCGCUGGACCGUCGUGCCGUCCUGCGAAGGUUUUGGCUCAUCAAUGAGGCCUACUUGGUUCUCACUGAUCCUGAGAGGCGGAGGAUAUAUGAUGAGUGCGGCUUUAAGGGCUUCAAGCAAAGUGAGUCUUGCUAUGCAGACCCAGUGUUCGAGAAGGACGCCUUCCAAGUCUACGAGGACUUUUUCAACGGUACGGAUCCAGAAGCACGCGACUUUCUGUUGAUGAAUGGGAGUGGAGGCAGCAGCGAGUCAGAAGACGAUGCUGCUGAGGCGAUAGAGGCGGAUUUGCCCGCCAAGCCCACUGGCGACCGCUCUGCUGCGCCUGAGCCAGACCUUCCGCCAAGCAUUGCUCAGGCACUGGGCAUCGAGAAAGAGAAGGUGCCAGCACUGGACGAGCAGCUGCGACGCAUGCUGAACUCAGCGUUGUCCAGCGCUCCUUCAGCGGCCACGUCUAGUGCACCCCAAGACGAGCAAGAUGCACAAGAAAUCAUGCCUGACUCGGCCACUCAGACGGACAGGGUGGAGACGGAAUCGACUACUCUGACUGGAGGAGUGGGCAAGGACGACCAGCCAGCUCCAGAACGGCAGGCGUUGUCCAGCGCUCCUUCGGCGGCCACGUCUAGUGCACCCCAAGACGAGCAAGAUGCACAAGAAAUCAUGCCUGACUCGGCCGCUCAGACGGACAGGGUGGAGACGGAAUCGACUACUCUGACUGGAGGAGUGGGCAAGGACGACCAGCCGGCUCCAGAACAGCAGGUACGGUGGAAGUACUGGAAAGGUGUCGACGCAUUGCGGAGGCGGACCUGCCGCAGCCGAAAUUCUGAAGCGAUUCCUGUGCACCACACAAGUGCCGACCGUUCGACGGAUUAG